UACCUGUGGUUAAUUAAUAAAUAUUUAAAAUCUAUCAAUUAAUUACGAGGAGUCUUUUCACGAUGUGGCUUAUAAAAUAUUUUUUAUUUUUCUCUUGUGCAAUUGCAUCAGCGAUCGGCGCCGGCGCCGCCAUAGCGGGAGUGCUAGUGUUCCAGGUGUUCGAUCGCAUGUUGCCGAGGGCCCUUGUCCACCUCCUGCGACUUGACUUACUCGAGUUCUUGCCCACACACCUGUUGGUGCUAGGAUCUAUACUCUGCCUAGCCACUCUGGUCGGCUGCUGUGGAGCCAUUCUUAAAGGAAAUGUUGGAAAAUGGCUGCUGGUCAUGUACACCAUCGAGCUUACAAUUUUCGUCGUUCUCAACAUAUUCAUUGCCGUUGUCAUGCACUUGGGUCACCAGAAGACGUCGCGUUCGGAGCCUGUGGCUAGCGCCUUGACGAUGGAUCCUACAGCUGGGGUGGAUCUGUUGAACGCGGGUUAUAUUCAGGAACCUGAUCACCUGGAUAUUAAUGCUGAUGAUCAACCAAUUUUAACCAGACGUUUUCCGAGAGGUAUUUUAGAUAACGUAAAGAAUUUUGCUGGAAAUACAGUGAACAAAGCUGGGAGUAUCAUCGGGGACAGCACGAAUGCUGUUAAGAGUUCAUUGAAAGAUGUUGCGGGAAACAUCAAGGACAAAGUGGAUUCUAGCAUACAGGCAGGGAAGGAGGGCUACCAGGCAAUUUCAGAGGCAACAGGGAUAAUGAAGGACGCAGGAAAAUUUUUCCUCUCUUUAUUCAGCAAGCUUGAUACGCAAGAAGAGGAAGCAGUCCAGUGGGUCAGGCCAAUUUUGGGCAUGUACACGCAGCCGGUGUUCCGGCUCACCCACAGUUCCUUCGUGAUGUCCGUGUGGGCGGGAGUCAUAGGAGUGGAGAUUGUUUAUAUACUUUUGAGCGUCUACCUCUGCACAACGAAGAAUCUAUAUUAUGAAGGCAUUCCUUACGAUGGUUAUGUACAAAGACCCUAAUGAUAAAAUGAAUCGUGUUGUUAUUUAGUAAGUAAAUAAAGGUCAUUGCGAUAUUUA